GCGGGGCAGGGCGUGGGCAAGGUGGUGGGGCAUUCACGACGUACCCACCAGGCUCACCUGUACCGUUUAAUUAAGUGCAAACACACCUGUACACUAAUUACGUCAUGCACACUUGACUUCCUGGACUAAAUUACAGUCAGAAAAUAAAUAUAUUACAGUGAUAAAUUACAGCAAAGAAAAAUGUGAUAAAUUAUGAUAAACGAAGCAUUGAAAAUAACUGAAUAAUGUAAGGAAUUACUAAGUGAAUCUGUGUUAGUGUACAUUACGAGACACCCAGGGAAUAUUUCUGGUCUAGUCUCAUCUUAUUUCGUCCGCCAUGUUGGGUUUUGGUGAGGCAUGGGUGUGGUUGUGGGUGUGGUUAUGGGCGUUCCUUAUAGCCACACUACCCACAGUCACACUGCAAGAGACUCCAUAUGCUGACCCGCUAGCACUCUUGGCAGGCACUCUGAGGACCUUCCAACGACACGCUUGUGAUGCUACCAGCCUCACCGUACAGUGUCCCAACAACACCACCAUCGACAUCACCUUUGCGAGAUAUGGACGCCCCAGACAGGCCCCAGACGGAAGUGUCGAUGAUGGUGCGGCCCACGAUCCCUGUCCGCCUUUAUCGACACUCCCCGUCCACCAGCAGCAACACAAGACUGUCUGCGAGUAUUCUCAGGAAGUAAAUUACAAGACGUUACAGCUGGUGGUGGCAAAAUGCCAACACAAGGAGCAGUGCAAGAUACAGGUGGUGCCACACACCUUCAGCCACCUGGACCCCUGCCCUGACACCCGCAAGUACAUCGAGGUGGCUUAUAAGUGCAGGCCAAAGACAUUCAUCAACAAGGUGGUGUGUGAGGAUGGGGAACUCACUCUCGCUUGUGAAAAAAACUCAAGAUUGGCAAUAUACAGCGUCUUGUUUGGUCGCAGUCUCUCUGGGUCAUUUGCCUGUCCACAACCAAGUGGCAUCCCUGAGGAAGAGUGCCAAGCAAGUUAUGCAAAUGAGAUUGUUAUGAAGCUCUGCCACGGCCAUCGUCAGUGCCACCUCCGGGCAGACUCGGAGGUGUUUGGAUCACCUUGCUCACCCGACUCCAAGAUGUACAUGAAGACUGUCUAUACUUGUGUCCCCAAAAAAAUCUUGAAACCAACAUCCCAAGCAGAAGGUGAAGAGAAUGAAGAAGAAGAAGAAGAUGAAGAGGAGGAGGAGGAUUAUGAUGAAGAGGAGAGUCUGAUGUUACCCGGGCUGCCACCAGCAUCUCACCCGGCCUCACCAGACCCAUUCUUGCCAACCUCACCCCCACAACACACACAGACUCCCACCAUGUUCUACAACCCUACUGUUACUACCAAAUCUUCAAAUAAGAAAAACGAGAAGGUUUUUCCUUCAGCAAGUGAUUAUCCCCGGGAUGGUAUACCCAAGUCUCAACCCGACCUCAUAAACUGUACUGUCACCAUCCUCUCAGGUUCCCGAGAUCGUGAGAUUGGUUUCCUGACAGAGUGGAUGAGGGCUAUAGCCUUUAUCAAAAAAAAUUUUGAAAAGUUCAUCCUAUACCUGAUGGUUGGGUUGUGUGUGGGUCUGUUACUGUUCCUGAUUGUGGUGGUGGGACGGCUCCUGGUGGACCGCCAUCGAGCCAAGAAAGAAGCCAAGAUGAUGCAUGACCCCCUCACAUCUGUGUUUGCAACAGGUCUGCUCCUGCAAAAUAUUGAUGACAUAGAUGGAGACUUGGAUUUGCCUGGUGCUUUAGGAUCUUCUUUAGGGAGAUCACCGUCACCUCAGGAGCCCACACAAGAUGUGGUACGGUACAACACCACCCGGCCAGGCAUCAGGCGUCAGGACAGCGACACAAAUCCUCGGAGUCUGAGCAGAAAUAAUAACAAUCAGUUAUUCUAUAGUUAGUUGUCAUUAAAUGGCUUUCUAAAAGCUUCAUCAACUGUAUAGUAUAGUUAUUUUUAAAGUUAUUUAUACAUGAUGUAACUGUAGACAUUGUACAUAUGCAAAAACAUUUCUUUUGAAUGAUUAUUUUGUCGUUUGCUCAGUGUGUUAGUGUGUAUUUAAUGUUGAGUAAUUUUAUUCUGACAAUGUAAUGAAACCAAAAAUAUGUAAAGUAUUGCUUUGAUAUUUUAUAUGAAUAUAAAUAUCAAUAUGUACUAUUUAGUAAAAUAUACAGUAACUUUAUAAUUAUGUAAUAAAAUGUGCAUGUGUACUGUAUAUACCCAUUGUGUGUGUGCGCAUUCAUGCAUUUUUUGGGCAUGUGUGAAUGGGUGUGUGUACAUAUGUAUUGUGUGUGACUAGAUAUUAAGUAUGAUAUACAAAUGUGUGUAUGUGUGGCUGAGUCACACUGAAAAACUAUGGGAAGAAACUUGUUAUUAUUGAACAUUAGGAUCUUCCUCUAGUUGUGUGAGGGUGAAUGAUAUUUGGCAUUAAAUUAAGUUUUCCUCAUGAAAGAUAUACAAAAUUCUUUAUCUGUUACGAUCAUUACUAAAUGUAUAAUAUUGUUGCUCCCACAUCAAUAUAAAAUGCCACAAGAUUGGACUUCAGAUCCUCAAGUAAACAGUUUAUUAUAUUAAAAUAUUUUGUCAGAUCCUGUAGAACCAUCUCAGUAUUAUCUUACGUGAUUUCUUGUCAGAUUACUUCAUGUAAGAGAAAUUAUUUAAGUUAUCAACAUGAAGUAGACACAAUAUGGCCAAAAACUACUUUAAGCCUGUGACCAGAUUUUCAAAAGCUUGUACAUUAAAUGUUCCUGUUUAAUUGGCACAAUAUUGAUGCCAUUGUGACCUUUAUACUGUGUUUGUCUCGUUACAUAAAUGAGCCAGUUAGAUUUGUUCUCAUGUCAGUCAGGGAAAAUACAUCAUACAAACCUUUGAGAUUAUAGUCACUGAGCUUAAGAAGGUGUAUUUACAUUCUUCUUCGUGAUGUGGUGUACAGUUACCCUGAGAUACUAAACUGACUAAAAAUCAAUUAUUUGUUCUUGCCAAGAAUUAAUAUUGUCUAAGCAUAAAGCGUAGUUUUUAUGAUGACAAUGAUUGAAGUCAUUAAAAUUUUCUUGAAUAUAAUUUCACUCAUGAAUGAUGCAUAUCAUCUUUGAUUUUUGUCUCCCUCUCAUGGAGACUGAAAUAUUGUCUGGUUAUAAAUGCAAUAUUAAACAACUGUUAGAGUGCUUCCUGCUAAAUCUUUCCACCAUAUAUAGCUGAUGGCUUCCUCUAUUGAUGUACAGUAAUGUUCCUCUUCUGCCACAAUAUAUGACAUGUAUCAAGGGAUACAAACCUCAAGAAGGGAACAGCAGUAAAAAUCUAGCUAGGGAGAUAGUCUUCUAGAUAUAUUUAACUUCCUUAUGUUGACCACCAGGUGCUGGCCAAUAUAUUAAAAAAGUAUGCCAUGGCUUUAAACACCACACCUUAAGAGUAAAGUUCACUCAUUUGACUAACUUGUGUUAACUGCACAUUACAUGUACUCACUAAAGAUCUAUAACAUUUCUAAAGUUCAAAAUCUGCCACUCUGAUUUUUUAAUAGCUCUUACUUUUUUCUUUAACUUUUAUCCUCUUCACCAUUGAUCAGCUCAUUAGCUGCUUGGGCGAUAGGUCACGUCUGAUUAUUUUUCCUUUUCUUUUAUCCUCUUCACCAAAAGAUCGGCUCGUUA